UUCGCACCUGUUCCUGACAGAUUUUGUACAUACGUAUGUACAAAAGUGUCAUCCAACUUUAAUACGGAGAACUAUCCAAUUUUUGUCCUUUUUCACACGGACAAAUAAUCCUUCAUAUGUAGGUAAAUAGUUAUCGGAAUCGCAACCUAACAACUAAUCGAUCGAUAUACAUCAUUUACUUUACUUUUCUCCUGUGUAACCAUCUACUUGAAUCGAAACAUGAAUAGCUAGCAUAUAUUGACACGCACUAUAAUUUUCCUUCAUCCGGUUGUUCAGUCGGAGAAAGUGGCACAAUCCUCUGUUCUCAUUCCUCUGCAAGACUUCCUUAGCAACGAAUCACCCAACAAGACAGAAUAAUAAGAACGGUAGGAAUCUUUCUGAGGAUUGUGAUAAAAUGGUGAUGAAUCCCUGCUGCUGUGGGUGUAGUCUUCAAACUGGGAGCGAAAUUAUUGCAGUCCUACAAAUUAUUGGAUCAGUGAUCAUUCUGAUAACAUCAAUUCUUGGUCUCCUUGCCGUGACAAAGUACUAUGACGAGGUGGAAAAAGAAGUUAAGAAGGACCAUGAGGAUAUUUCGAAGACGGUGUUGAUUGUUGUGAUGUCCCUUCUCCUUGGGGCAAGUUGCGUAAACUUGAUUUUGGCAAUUGUGCUGUGGCAGGGGGCAAGAGAUAGAAAUCGGACAAAAUGCUGGAUCUGGUUGACUGUCAGUAUCAUCGUAUUGAUCUUAAUAUUUGCGAGAUUCAUCAUUGAUUGUGUGAAAGUUCGAACGGGACAUGUCGUAGACUUGGUGCAGGGUGGGGUUGGCAUCCUUGUAGAUGCGUAUUGUAUUUUUAUCGUGUACUGUUUUAUUCAAGAGGUGAAGCAGGAACAACAAAGUGGUGAAACACCGUGAGAUGAUUGGAGUAAUAAUGAUGGAAUAAUUUUAAAAUUUUAAGUUGAUGGAUUAGAUAUGAUAGAGAUACUAGGCAGGUUGAGGAAGCGUAAAAUAUUGUGAUUGUACUGUAAAUUUGACAGUAGAAGUACAAGAUUUCCUAUCUCUACAAUCCAAAUUACAGUCACAACCACAAAAUUUAAUUUAAGUUAAUUAUUUGCCGAUGAAUUCCUACAAGGUUGUGCAGGCUUUGCACAACAUGUGUUUAAUUGUAAGUUUGUAUAUUUUAUUGAAUUGAAUUGUAUUGUUGUGCGUCAUACUUACUUAUGUAAAUAAUUAGUAAAUGCUGAAUUUUCCUAUGACCAAAUGGAACAGGGAUUUUAAGCCUUUGCACACAUGCAUGAAUAUUAUGAUAGUGUGGUUAAUACAUAUGUAAGAUAUUAUGUACUGAUAACGAGAUUAUUAUGUUUUAUUCUAAACAAAAUACAAUCACCGCAAAAGCCUGUACAGGCAAAAACCACACCAACAAAAACGACCUGGGAUGUAAGAAUUGUAUAAAAUCUGUUUCAACCUGUACCCCAACAAACGAUCUUUUUCUGUACUCUCGAAUCAGAUAAAUAUUGUAAAAAAGUGUUUGUUAAAAAAGUAAUUCCAGAUUGUUUUAGAAUUCCAUGAAACGAUAGCAUUUGUUCGUUAUAUUUACGCUCAAAUGCGUUGAAUCAUUGGCUACCUUAUUUAAUUCGGAAUUUGCUUUAUGCAAGUGGGAAUAUUACUUAAAAUUUCAAAUACUUGUUAUUUAUUCAGACGGAAGAAAUAAGGCUUCGUUGAACGAAAGUAUGUAAGCUGAAAAUUACUUACAAGCAUUUAAGAGCAUAAACUUAAUUUGAGAUUUUGAGCUUGGCGGCAGGAAGGAGGGGAGGAGGGCGGAGGGCAUG